AUGUUAAUUCGAGGUCACUCCUUACGUCUUUCAGGGUUGAACGGCACCCUACGGCACCCACCUACCCCAUCUUACUAAGCAAAGCCGUUGGCGAUUUUCAAACCCCACCCAUAAUUAACUAUGUACCACCAUGCCCGAGCCCCUACCCCGAAACCCAUUCCGUCCAUCCUCUGAUGAACACAUUGCGUAUGAGUCUUGUCUUUGCCUCGAAGCUCUUGGUAGCUGGGGCUCGGUCGCGGGUAACGAAGUCAUCUUCAAGUUCAGUCCAGAGGUCGCGGCGCGAGUCUUGGGCUACGCGCUUAUUCACACUCCUACUGAAGGCAUGGUGAAAGAAAUUUGCAGUUGCGAUGGUGAGGGGGAGGUGCUUGUGGGUUUAGGGUAUCUGUAUGUUGUGUGUGUUAUUGAGAUGUUUAAGGACCCGAAGCUGAAGGUGAAAGGUUCGGUCUCGACGCCUCAUAAUCCCGGACCGUCAUUCCAAGGAGCUCGAUUCUCGCAGCCCACGACCAGUUCAAGUGAUGCUAAAAACCUCGCUUUGGCUCGAGAUAACUACAGGUGUAUCCUCUCCGGGAACGUGGACAUCAACAGCUUCGACGACGGCCUGACGACGGUGAACGAAGCAGCCGGAGAGGGAAUGAGAAGUACAGUGCUGGGUCAUAUAGUGUUCGGCCCGUCGACGGCGGAUUAUACGGUCGGACUGACGGAUGUCGUGCGGAGGAAGUUGGCGUGGGUGACGUCUGCUGCAGCUGUCAUCAAACGGUUUACCAAUGUCGAUUUCCAGAGUGAGGGCGAGAGUGAUAUCCACCGAGCGGAGAACACCUUCACGGUCACGCCCGACUUUCAUCACGCGUUUGACGAGCUCCGGGUUUCUCUUCGUCCGAUCGAGGAUGAUAAUGUACGUCUGUUGCCCUUUUCCCUCCCCUCCUUCUUGACCUAUAUACAAUAAUACAACACCAACAUGCACACCUACGAAAUUCACACCCACCCAAUCAAUCGAAACACCCUCUACGGCCUCCCCAACCAAGUAGCCCUCACAGACGCGACAGGUGGGCGGUUCCCCCUUCCCAAC